AUGGAAGGAGCUUUGGUAGCUGCAACUCGCUUCGUAGCUGAUAAGGCGGCAAUUCUCUUCCAACUCGACGAGAAACUCAAGGCAAUGACUGAUAUCGAAGAGAAGAUGGAGAAUAUCAAGGAGUUGUCGACGAUUAUUGACAUGGUGAUCGAAGAUGUCGAGUCCCAUACUUUAAAUAAAGAUGCCGUGAAGGACUGGUUGAGGAAGCUCAAAUACUUGGCCUACGAUCUGGAGGAUGUAAUGGAUUGUUACGACACCGAAGCCUUGCGGAGGCAGAGAUCAUCAAUAUCUUCUUUCGAGCCGGUGCGUGAUUUCUUCUCUUCUAAUAAUCAAAUUGUGUUUACGAGUAGGAUAAGUGAUAUGAUACAAGCUGUAACAAAUAGUCUGGAUUCUAUUUUGCGACAAAAGUCCUUUCUUCCUAAUUUGCCACAAAGCAGUAGCCACAUGUCACUAAAUCCCUACAGAGAAACCCACUCCCGCAAUAGCUUUGAUGUUAUAGGGAGAGAAAUAGAGAAGAAUAUGAUUGUCGGCAUGUUAACAAAUGAUGAUGAUGAAAGCAGUACUCAUGGUACAUUGAAGGUCAUCACCAUUGUUGGGAUGGGUGGCCUAGGGAAGACUACACUUGCUCAGCUUGUUUUCAAUGACGAGGGGGUGAAAGCUCAUUUUGAAAGUUCAAGAAUGUGGACAGUUGUGGGGGCUGAAUUUGACCCGGCAAAAAUAAUGAAGUCUGUUUUAGAAUUGGCUACUGGUGCAUCAGUCAACAUCUCACAAAUAGAUUUAGUGAGGCAGAAAAUAGAAAAAGCAUUAUCUGGGAAGAAAUUUCUGUUGGUGUUGGAUGAUGUAUGGAAUGAAGACGCAACAAAGUGGAAUGUAUUGAAACCAGCCUUAACAUGUGGGGCGAGAGGAAGCAAAAUUUUGGUGACAACCCGUAGCCAACAGGUCUCUUCAAUUAUGGGCUCGUCCAAUACCACCCACCAAAUACAACAAUUGUCCCGAGAUGAUUGUUUGUCCUUGUUUCAACAAUUUGCAUUUGGAGAUGAAGCAGUGGACCAAAACUUGAUGGAAAUUGGUGAAAAGAUUGUUAAAAAAUGUGGUGGUGUUCCCUUGGCUGCCAUUUCUCUUGGUAGCAUGCUCCGCAUCACCCGGGAUGAACCCUAUUGGUCCUCGGUAUUGAACAGUGAAAUUUGGCAGCUGGGAAACAAGGAAGAUAAAGUGUUAGCUGUACUAAAGUUAAGCUAUGACAGUCUCCCUCCACGAUCAAAGAAGUGUUUUGCAUUUGCCUCUCUAUUCUCAAAAAAUAAUAGGAUGGCAAAGGAUGAACUAAUAAAAUUGUGGAUAGCAAAUGGUUUCGUAAGUUCAGAAGGAAAUUUUGAUGCUGAAACAGUGGGCAACCGUGUCUUUGAUGAUCUUGUGUCGAGAUCAUUCUUUCUCUUGAUACCAUCUCAAGAUGUAACCAAGUGCACGAUGCAUGAUUUGAUGCAUGAUCUGGCACGAUCAGUAUCUGCAGAUGUAUAUUGUAAUUCUAAACAAGACUCGGUGAAACAUAUUGGAAACAGAACAUAUCAUUUGCACAUAUACUUGGCAAAUACAUCGAAAGUUACUCGGGCCUUAAGCAAGAAGCCAUUGUACUUGCGUACCCUUAUAUUGAACUAUGUUAGUUUAAACGGCGAUCAGCUUGAAAUUGUUUUCUCAGAACUGAAAUAUUUGCGGGUGUUAGAGUUAACUGGCAAUAAAAUCAAGGAGGUGCCGACGUCAAUAGGAAAUCUGAUACAUUUGAGGUACCUCAACUUAUCUAAGAAUAGGAUUAAAGUUCUACCCGACUCCAUUACCCUUCUCCACAAUUUACAAUAUCUUUAUUGCCAUCAUUUAAGAUUGACACACAUGCCCUGCGGGUUGUCACGACUAAUUAAUCUUCGAAGUUUAUCUUUCUUUGCUGCUGCGGAUGGAGCUGGCGCAUGUUCAAUCAUAGAACUUGAGGAUUUGAAGCUCCAUGGAGAAAUGAAAAUUCAAUUUUCAGAGAAUUUUACAAACUACUCUUGCGGUGGAAGAAAAAUUUUGAAGAAUAAACAUCUUAAUGAACUACGCUUAAAGUUUAAUUGUUCAGAAAGUAAUGACAAGGAUAUGUUGGAGGAUCUUUGUCCCAACAGUAGCUUAAAAAAGCUAAGCAUAUGCAAUUAUGGGAGCCGACAAUUUCCAGAAUUGUUGAUAGAAUCACAGUUGCCAAAUUUGGUUGAAGUUUGCCUUAAAAACUGCCGUGGUUGUGAGCACAUUCCUCCAUUUGGAAAUCUGCAGUUUCUUAAGAAGCUUGAAUUGCACAAAAUGAAUGCCGUUACACAGAUGGGUGCUGAGUUCCAUGGGUUCGGAGGCUUUCCUUCCCUUCAAGAACUCUACUUGGAUAGGAUGGAUGACUUAGAGGAAUGGUCAGAGUCUGAUUAUGUCGAUGAAUCGUUCCCUUUACUAAAGACGUUGUUUAUUGUCAAAUGUCCUAAAUUGAAAAGUAUGCCAAGGCUUCCUAGGAUCCAAUACCUUGACAUAUCAUACUGCAGUGGGAGCCUACUCCCAUGCGUUGGAAGACUGACUUCUCUUUCUGUUCUUCGAGUGGAGGCCAUGGACGACAUGACAUCCCUUCCUAAUGGCUGCAUCAGAAACCUCACAUCUUUGACGGCAUUUGAAAUCAAAGGGUGCAAACAACUCCAAUGUCUUCCUGGCGAUGAAAUGCAGCACUUAGAAAUGAUUCGUACAUUGACCAUUGACAGGUGUGAUAAUUUGGCAUCCUUACCGUCAGAAGUGGGAUGCCUCGGUUCUCUUUGCUUUCUACGUCUCAGAGAGGAGAAGAUCCAAAACUGGCAAAAGGGUGUUAGGAUGCGUGACAUUUGGAGACGUGACUCCCUUGGUGCUAGGAUGCAUGACUCUAAAUCAAGUGAUUAUAACCGGCAAAAGGCUGUCAACAUGAUUGAGGAAAAUCUUCAGGAAGACCAGCAAAAACUCGAGCUUCAUGUCUUUGAAAUGGAGGUUGAGCUCACUUGUUUGAAUGAGGCUUUGCUAAUAGAGGCCCUUUCGGAGAAGUUAGGCACUGCUGGUUCUGAGAUAAAGUCAUUGAAGGAGAUGGUGGCCAUGGCAGAGAGAUUGGUUGAGUCUGAAUCAGUUUUGAAAGAAAUGGAGUCCUCUAUGAAAUACCCUUUAGAAAUGGAGGUAGAAAAAUCGAUAUGGUCAUCUAAAGAGAAAGCUUUCUUGGAGGCCAGCGAAAAAUUAAAAAUACAGAAUAAUCUGAUGCAGAAACUAUCUGAAAAUUUACUAUAG